AUGUCUUUCGACACGGAAAGAUUUAUAACCGAUAUUGAGACAAGGAGGGCGUUGUGGGACAUGUCCUGUGAAGACUAUGCCAACCGUGACUUAAAGAGGAUGAUGUGGGAAGAGAUUAUAGAAAUAUUUAGUAAUGAAAAAUUAACAAUAACUGAAAAAAACGAACUCGGUAAGUCACUCCAAAAAAGAUGGAAAAAUAUAAGGGACUCAUUUCUCAGGGAGCUACGACGUGUCAAAGGCGCAAAAAGUGGCGCCGCAGCGAAACGUAAAUCUCCCUAUGUAUAUUUUCAAAACCUGAUGUUCCUUAAAGAUACAGUGGAACCGAAUACAACAGAAUCGAACUUAAAUGAUACGGAAAAUAUAGUCCCUCCCAGCCCCGAAUCAGUAUCUCAAGGACAACCAAGAUCAAAGAAGAAAAAGGAAGAGAAUAAUUUCAAAAAAGAAGAUCUUGUUUCGGUUUUAAAAGAAAGCAUAAAUUCAAGAAUUCAACGUGAAUCAAUUCUCGAAGACGACAAUGACAGAUUAUUUAUGCUUUCCUUAGUAAAGGAUUUCAAAAAAAUACCAGAAUCCGCGAAACUGACAACCAAGAUGGAAAUUAUUAAUUUAAUACACCGAGCUCAAAGUGCAAAACAUGGUCCAAGCCACUAUGAACCUAUGACCAGGCACAGCCAACCUACUUACCCUCGAAGCAGUCAUGAUUCUUUCACAAAAUUGUCUUAA